CAAGAAUUGAAGCGGUACGGUUGCUGAAAAUGUUUUAUAGUUUAGACAUAUUUUGAGAUUUAUAGUUUCUUACUGAGGAACAUAUCCUGUGAAUACAUCCAUCUAUUCAGAACGUACCAGGUUGCUGUUAACUUGUGCUUCUGUCGUAAGACCUGCAACGACCACUUCUUACGUAAUGCAUUCCACAAUUCCUAUCUAUAAAAAGUGGAGAAACCUGAGAUGUAUUCUUGGACGUUCUGGACCAUUUCAGCGGUCAGAAUUCGAACCAUCAGAUGAACUUUUAAGCAUGGUCAAAGAACACGUGAAAAUUCUUGUCAUUGGCGCUGGCGGUUUAGGUUGCGAGCUUCUGAAAGACCUUGUAUGUUUAUUCAUACGUUUAUAAUAUAUAAUCCAGGCGAUGAUGGGGUUUUGUCAUCUAGAAGUCAUAGAUAUGGAUACAAUUGACAUUUCCAAUUUGAACAGACAAUUCUUGUUUCGAUCACAUGAUGUUGGCAAACCUAAGGCUAAUGUUGCUGCUGAGUUUAUUAUGCGUCGAGUUCCUACUUGCAAAGUGGUGCCACAUUACAAAAAAAUUCAAGACUUUGAUGAAUCUUUUUAUCAGCAGUUUAAUGCAGUUGUCUGUGGUUUGGAUUCAAUAGUAGCUCGGCGGUGGAUUAAUUCAUUGCUGGCAAGUUUAGUACGUUAUGAUACAAAUGGUCAACCAGAUCCUAACACUGUCAUCCCACUUGUUGAUGGUGGGACAGAAGGAUUCAAAGGACAUGUUCUUGUUGUUCUCUAUGGUUUAACUGGAUGUCUAGAGUGUACACUAGAUCUUUACCCGCCUCCAGUGAAUUUCCCUUUAUGCACGAUUGCGCAUACUCCUCGACUUCCAGAACACUGUAUAGAAUAUGUGAGAAUACUGUUAUGGCCUAAAGAAAUCCCUUUCGGAGAUGGCGUUGCCAUUGACGGUGAUUCACCUGAACACAUACAAUGGAUAUAUGAAAAGUCGUGUGAAAGAGCUAAACACUAUGGUAUAUCUGGUGUUACGCUACGCCUUGUACAAGGUGUUGUAAAACGAAUCAUCCCGGCUGUCGCAUCGACAAAUGCUGUGAUUGCUGCUGCCUGUGCAACUGAGGUUUUCAAAUUGAUCACAUUCUGUUAUAAUUAUUUAGAUAGUUAUAUGAAUUUCAGUGAUAUUGAUGGAGUGUACACAUACGGUUUUUCUGUUGAACGUAAACCUGACUGUCUUGCAUGUAACAAUGUACCGCGGAAAAUUUCAUUUCAGACUACAUCUAAACUGAAAGAUGUUAUAGAGUAUUUGAAAACAAAUCCUGAAUUUCAAAUGCAAUCACCCAGUAUUACAACUAUGUGUAAUGAUGAACACCGUUCAUUGUUUGUUGAUCUCCCAGAAUUGGCUGAUACACUCAGACCGAAUUUAUCUAAAACUCUUAAAGAUCUCGGUCUUAUAGACGGUCAGUUAAUUCAUGUUAGUGAUGUAACCACGCCUAGGACACUUUCUUUCCAACUUCAACUGGAUUCUACAUCUAAUACUACUGGAGAUGUGAUAAUAAACAGUCAAUGAUGUUUCCAGAUUGAAUUUACAUGCAUUGAAUAGUGUAUAAUCAUUGGGGAUUUGCUUACAUCAGUGCAGUGAUGAACAUAUCUCUACAGGAUAUACGAUCGUCAUUAUGGUUUUCACUGUCUUUCUUUUCGUGUUGAGGAGUUGUUUGUAUUACGCAACCAUAUUGUUCUUUGUUUUGUGUAUUACCCUAAUAAAUCUGUAUUAUACUUGUAUUAA